CCUAUGGUCGUGAACUGUUCAGUAGUCAUCCAGUAGUCCUGAACUAGUCAGUGAUCGUGAAUUACUAGUCGUACAAGAUGACCAGUUACACGGAAGUGGCUGUCGGGAAAACAUUAGGAUUGGCAAAUAAUGGAAAAUUUACAUAUACAGGAAUAUUUUUUAUCUUAAGUUUUACUCUUAUCUGAACUAGUGAAUCCAAGACCUAAAAAGUCUUAAUCUUGUUUAAACUAUUUAGAAGCUUUAUAAGCCUUAAAUAUGACUCCAAUGAGAGUCACAGCUUCCUAAAUCUGAGCUAAAAACUUAAUUCCUGGAACAAAUUUACAUAAUUGUUUAAAUCUGAACAUGAACGAGGUCUGAAACCAAAUAAGGUCCAAGUGAAGUAGUGUAAAGCUUUUUUACAACGCCAAAAUCUCAGAAAUUUUGAUACAAGAUUGAAUUGAAAAGUCAUUUUUGCUCAAGCCUUAUCAUGCGCAUUAAACUUAAUUAAGUCUGCAAAGUUUGAAAGCUUCAGUCCUUUAUGUAUCAGAGAUGGGCAUCGCACACACCACAGAACAGGGGAUGCGUGAGGGCCCUGGGAAGCCUCCGCCAGACAAGGAUGAAGCCCCUAACAAAACCUCGUCCAGGAACCGGCUGGAGGAGGUCUUGGCGUACCCUGGACCCUAUCCUCAGGAACAUUGGACGUACUUCGGGGAGGACGAAGUCCACGGGCCGGUGGUCCUCAGCCACAAGAGAGAGGUUAUAAGUUCCCAAGAGAACCUCCGUGUCCUCCUGCGCCUCAAGACGGGCACACACCACGCCACUAUCAUCAACCUCGGGGACAACCCCACACCUGCCAAGAUGGUCAAGAGGUUAAAGGAGGAGUUGACAAUUGAAUGUUUCUACCCUGUCGUGACUCCUGAAGGACCAGAGUUGAUCUUGGCCUAUGAUGAGCAUGUUCUGAAGAACCACUUCAAGUUUGGGCUCAUAUACCAGCGCUUUGGACAGACCAUGGAGGAACAGCUAUUCGGCAACAAAUGUGAAAGCCGAGCACUUGAGGAAUUCCUGUGUCUUAUGGGUCAGAGGGUGAAGCUCAAGGACCACGAAGGAUUCAAAGGCGGUCUGGACACCCAAUUUGGUCAGACAGGUGAAGAGAGCAUUUAUGAAAUAUUUAGAAAAAAAGAAAUUAUGUUUCAUGUGUCAACGAUGCUGCCUUACAAGGAUAAUGACCCACAGCAGCUAGAGAGGAAGCGACACAUAGGCAAUGACAUGGUUGCAAUUGUGUUCCAAGAGGCAAACACUCCCUUUGCUCCUGAUAUGAUUGCCUCGCAUUUUCUUCAUGCGUACAUUGUUGUCCAGCCUAUUGACCCCUGCACAUCCAACACAAGGUACCGAGUGAGUGUAACGGCAAGAUCUGAUGUUCCAUUUUUUGGGCCAACUCUCCCUCUUACAUCCACUUUUGAGAAAGGUCCUCAGUUCAAAGAGUUCCUUCUUACUAAACUUAUCAAUGCUGAGAUUGCCUGUUAUAAGGCGGAGCGGUUCGCAAAGUUAGAGAUGCGUACACGAUCUUCUCUGCUAAGUGCUCUCGUGGAUGAUUUGAGGAUGAAAACCAAUGAAUUCCUUGGUGUAACAAAAGUUCCAGAGACGCCCAAGGUGGAGACUACAGGCAACAAGUUCAGAGAGAUUGUUCGUAGUGUGCUGAUUGGUCGCAAGAACCCUGAUGCUGCUGGGGUGUUAAAGAAACCCAUUACUAAUAAUUCAAACACAUUAUUGGCUGGAACUCCUGCAAGUGCACGCAGUAAAAGCAGUGGAGGCAGCAGCGGUGCACGAACCCCAACAUCCAGCCCCGACACAACUCCGAACACGCAUAUGGCAUUGUCGGAAAGUGAUGACUCCUCCCUCAAUUCCAUGGAUAUUGAUUGUCACCCUCAGCCACUUAAUGAGGACUCUGAUACAGGUCUAGAGUCAAUGUCCUCAGCUGAGACCCCUCACAAGUUAUCCCUACAGUGUCCUCUCUGUGGGGGUCAUGAGGAUGGGGUGUGCGCCCUCCAUGCAGACCCUGAAAUUGUAAUGCGACAGGUCGAAACUCUGAAACACGAGAUCAACAAGCUCAAGUGUGAUAAACUGGAUCUCCUCCGUCAGAAUGUGACUUGUCAACGGGAAAUAAAGAAGUUAAAGGAGAAGGAACUGAAGCUUGGUGGGGAUCUAAGCAGUGCCAACAAGGAAAUCCUACGACUGCAGGCACUGCUCAAAGACCUUGGAACAGGCCAGGUGUCUGCUGUGUGAGAUCACUAGAGGCAUAUAUGCUGUGUUUUCAUAUUCCACUGCUGGUCGAAUGAUCUUGAAAAUCCCAAAUGUCGUGGACCUCCAAGCCGAAGUGAAUUUUGGCAUGCAGGUUAUUUAAGAAUGAAUGAUGAUUGACUAUGAUGCAGUAUUACCCCUGGGUAAUGGUAUAUUUUAGACGUUGUAUAGGCAAAGAGGAGACGAAUAAUAACCCAUACCUCAGAUCUAUUGAUCCAUCAAAGAUUCAUUUGGAGAAUUUUUGCUUUGCUGAGGUAAUUUUCUUCAUGUCGAUAAGAUUUUUGGCAGGUCGUGAAAAAGUAGUGUUUGAGUUUUGAUGGUCUGUGAAAGGUUUAUGUAACCACUUUGGUGUCUUUAGGAAUGGGAAGUGGAUUGAUACCAAAGUUUUGUAUUUUUUAGGUACAAGUUGAGAUAAUGAGAGAGAGAGAUACCAAAGGGAGAAUGCAGGACCUGCUGGAUUUAAGGCAUAUAGCUGGGAAUGUGCAUUGUGGUCAACCAAGACAAAUAUUUAUGCAUUUAUUAUAGUUUAAACAAAAAAUGUGGGUGAAUAAUUUAUACAUAAUUCACCUUAUCUGGUUGUUUAGAUGAACACAGUACUCACCUCAGCUUUUUAUACCAAAUAUGUAAUCUUAAGUUCACUUAGGGGCAAGCAGUUUUGCAACCCUAGAAUUGUAGUCAUUCCUAAAUUUUAUAAUACACCCUCUAAUAUUACAUGAUUGUCCACGAUUUUUAAUUUUAUUUUGUAUUGAACUCCAUUUGUGAGGUGUUCACUGCACAGUGAUGGUGUUUGCCAGUGUGGAGGUGUGGAUGACUUGGUAUGGCAACCCAAGAUAACUUCCACUUCUGAUAAGUAUUGCAGGAUCCUCUGCUCAAUAUUGACAGCUUCCUCAUUUUAUCCACACAAUCACUAGAGUAGUGAAUUGACUGGCAGUUUUCCUAGUAUACAUCAAGGCAUGUUAUAUCACAAGAAAUUAAUUAGCGUUAUCAAAUUUUAAAUAGAUAAGUUUUUAAUCACUAGAAACCUUGAUAAUAACUGAAUUGUUUGAUUGUGAAUUUUGCAUUGCUUAAUAUAAAUGUUCUAAUACACAUUGCACUGUGGUGCUGAGGAAAGUUCUCUGCCUUUUUUUGUCUCGAUACCUUGGUUCGUGACCUGGUCAUUAUAC